AUGAAGAGCGGGCUUCUUCCCUCGCUCCUGGCGCUCUCGUGGACGCUGUACCUUGCACUUGGACUUUCAACCUCGUGUGUCCUUGGUCGUGCUGACGGCUUCGCGGCCGCUCAGGACUCCUUCACCAGUAGCCCGACGUUAGCCAACCAGCACCUCACACAAGCUAAUGCCGCGCUUCAGUCCGGCCGAUACCAGGAGGCGCUAUCAUCAUUCGACCUAGCCUUACAGGCGGAUCCAACAUCGUGGCUCACCUACUACCGAAGAGCUACAGCACAACUUUCGCUCGGCCGCACGUCCGCUGCGCUCCAGGACUUCCAGAGCUUGCUCGACCUCAACCCCAAGUUCGAGAAAGCUUACCUUCAGCAGGCUAAAGUCUAUCUCAAAGAAGGAGACUAUGACAAGGCCAAAGCAGCGCUCAAGACUUACGACUCGAUUCGAGCCGAGAAGAAUGCUUCCCAGUCAGGCUCCAGCGAGGCCAACAGCGUUCGAACCAAGCUUGUCUCGGUCGAGACAUCGCUUAAGUCAUUGAAUGUUCUGGUCAAGGAGCUCGACAAGGCUAAAGCCAGUAACAAGGGCAAGGGUAAGGGUAAGGAGGCUGACGUGUCCAAGAUGGAUCAUUGCAUUCAUAUGGCUGGUGAAAUUCUCAAGAUCUCGCCUUCCCACCUGGAGACACGGCUGGUCCGAGCUCGAUGCCAGACUAUGAAGGGCAACGUUGAGGAUGCCAUGGCCGAUUGGACACGGGUCGUUCACCUUUCGCCAUCGCCUUUCCUACUCCGACGUCUCGCAGUGCUCUCCUACUUCCUUAUCAGUGAGCCCGGCUCCCAGAGCAGGGACGCCGGCUUGCAACACCUCAAGGCAUGCUUGCACUCGGAUCCAGACAACAAGUCUUGUGCAAAGAUGCACAGGAAGGUUAAGUCGUUAGAAAAGUCGCUUAAGAAGGCACGCAACUUCUACAAUUCGCAGAGCUACCGUGCCGUCCUAUCGGCGCUCAAAGGCGGUAAGGUCGGCGGACCGACAGUCGUUGACGAGAUUAAGGAAGUCAUCAAAGCCGCUGCCGACCUGCAGCCCGGUGACGAGGAGCCUUUGAUCCCAUCGACAUACAAGGGCGAUCCCGUGCAAGACUCCAACCUACUUCACGAACUCUACACCAUGUACUGCAAGUCAUACACGGAGCUCAAUGACAUGGACAAAGCCAUGCCGUACUGCGAGUUGGUGCUCGCCAAGGAGCCGGACAACGUCGAAGCUGUGCUCGCCCGCGCCGAGCUAGCCCUGCAGCAAGAGAAGUACGAGGAAGCGGUUCGCGAUCUCAACAAAGCUUUCGACGCUUCCGGUCGCACCGACAGGAACAUUCACCAGAAGCUCCAGACCGCUGAAAAGAGACUCAAACUGAGUAAGAGCAAGGACUAUUACAAGGUCUUGGGCGUCAAACGAUCCGAUAGCUUGGCUACCAUCAAGAAGGCUUACCGCAAGAUGGCACGUGAGAACCAUCCAGACAAAGGAGGUUCACAGGAGAAGAUGGCUCAGAUCAACGAAGCAUGGGGUGUGCUCGGAGAUGAAGGGCUCAGGAAGCGAUACGAUGCAGGUGACGACCCUAAUGACCCCAUGGGCGGUCAACAGGGUGGAUACGGCAAUCCUUUCGCUCAAGGUGGUCAUCCGUUCGAGAUGUUCUUCCAGCAGGGCGCCGGAGGUUUCCCCGGUGGUGGCAGCUUCGGUGGCUUCCCAGGCGGUCAGCAGUUCCAUUUCAAGAUGGGCUGA